CUCCGCCCAAGGGACUAGGCCUUCCAGGUCACCUGGGAACCUCCUUCCAACAGGACAGGCCUGACCCUAAAUGGAGGAACUGGCGUCCGGAACUAAGCUGGGGAUCUUGCAGAAAGACGGGAUGACAACGCAGAGCCCUGACACCCCAUGUUCCUGUGACUGCUUUGUGUCGGUGCCCCCGGCCUCGGCCAUGCCCGCUGUGAUCUUUGCCAAGAAUUCAGACCGACCCCGGGACGAGGUGCAGGAGGUGGUGUUUGUACCAGCAGGCACUCAUGCCCCCGGCAGCCGCCUGCAGUGCACCUACAUUGAGGUGGAGCAGGUGUCGGAGACCCAUGCUGUGAUCCUAAGCCGCCCUUCUUGGCUGUGGGGGGCUGAGAUGGGCGCCAACGAGCAUGGUGUCUGUAUCGGCAACGAGGCCGUCUGGACCAAGGAGCCAGUCGGGCAGGGGGAAGCCCUGCUGGGCAUGGAUCUACUCAGGCUGGCUUUAGAACGGAGCCGCUCAGCCCAGGAGGCCUUGCGUGUGAUCACAGGCUUGCUGGAGCGCCACGGGCAGGGCGGCAGCUGCCGGGAGGACCCCACACCGUUCUGCUACCACAAUACCUUCCUGCUGGCUGACCGGACCGAGGCGUGGGUGCUGGAGACGGCGGGGAGGCUGUGGGCUGCGCAGAGGAUCCAGGAGGGAGCCCGCAACAUCUCCAACCAGCUGAGCAUUGACACAGACAUCUCAGCCGAACACCCAGAGCUCCGGUCCCACGCCCGGGCCCAGGGCUGGUGGGAUGGCCAGGGCACCUUCGACUUUGCCCAGGUUUUCUCCCUGACCCAGCAGCCGGUGCGCAUGGAAGCUGCCAAGGCUCGCUUCCGGGCCGGGCAGGAGCUGCUGCAGCAACAGCAAGCAGGGAGCAUCACAGCAGAGGUGAUGAUGGACAUUCUCAGGAACAAGGAGAGUGGCAUCUGUAUGGACUCUGGAGGCUUCCGCACCACGGCCAGCAUGGUGUCCAUCCUGCCCCGGGACCCCACUCAGCCCUGCGUCCACUUCCUCACUGCCACCCCAGACCCGUCCAGGUCCGUGUUCAAGCCUUUCAUCUUCGGGGCAGGGGCGGCCCAGGCCCCCCAGGUGUUGUCCCCCACUUUCGGAGCACAGGACCCCGUUCGGACUGUGCCCCGAUUCCAGACUCAGGUGGAUCGCCGGCACACUCUCUACCGUGGACACCAGAAGGCCCUGGGGCUGAUGGAGAGGGAGCAGGAUUGGGGCCAGCAGCUGCGGCAGAGGCAGCGGGAUCUGGAACGGGAAGGCCUGGAGGCUGCCAGCCGGCUGCUGGCGGGGGAGGGGGCCCCGCCCUCCCAGGAGCUGGGUGGCCUCUUCCAGGCGUUCGUGGAGAGGGAGAGCCAGGCGUACGCCUGAGGCUGGGAGGAGCCCAGCGUGAGGUUCAGGGGCUGGGCUGGGCACCGGACCCCUGGGGUAAUGGAUCCGAUCCCUUUACACCCCUUGUUCCGAGUGGCCGGGUUGGCCUCGGUUUAAUAAACGUGUCUUGUUUCUUA